GCAUGGCAUGGCUCCCGACGGUUUGCCUUCAAAGGCCAAGAUCACAGCCUGCAGGUGGUUCCCUCUCAUCAGCAAGGGCUCGCAGCCAAUCUUCGCAAAGUCGCAGUACCCAGUCACCCACAGGCCAAAGUGAUUGCAGAGCCCCCGUUCGUUGCUUCGUCAGCGCUGAAAGCCAAUCGCGGAGGGACUGGCGGUGCAGGGCCCAGCCCUUCGAUGACGCCUGCUCCAGCACCCGCUCCGGCGCCGGCUCCGGUACAGAGACCCAAGCAAAGCGCCCCCAGCGCUGCGCCACGAGGCUCUUCCUCAUCUGGCAAUGCGGGCGAUCGAGCGAAGGCGGCAGAAGCGCACAAGGACAAGCAGCAAGAAAGAGGGCCUUCUGAGGAGGGCGAAAAGAUAUCGCAGCAAAGCAAGGCCCCUGAGAGCCUACCAGAAGCAGCCGAAGAUGCAGAAGAGCAGGGCCCAGCGCAUGGCCAGGAAGAUGAAAACUGCGGUGACGAGAGCCAGGGCGAGGAGAUGGAGGACGGCGAGGCAGAUGAAGCUUCGAACGAAACCCAGGAUGAAGGCCAAGAAGAGGAAGGUGCAGAGGAUGAUGCUCCGGAAGAUGACGGCCAGCAGGAGGAUGAAGGUCAUGAGGACGAGAGCCACCAUGGACCUGGCAACCAGGAAAAUCACAGAACAUUCCAGACAGACGCGAAGCACGCGAAGGCGCAAGCCACGGCAAAGCCUGUUCGCGCUCAGAGGCGAUCGCCGAAGCGGCGGAAAGAAAGAGCAGCAAAGGGCAUGUUGGAAGACUGCGACUUCGAUCAAGUCUUGGCCGAGGAGCGAUCCCGUUGGGCACGGGAGGCUUGCAAUUCCAAAGGAUCGCCAGAGAAUUGUUGCCUUUGCAACAAGCCCGUGCCAAACUUGAAGUAUGCCACAGAGCUGGGCGUGUGCAAGGGGCACUACCGCAUGCUUCAAGCCGAAGAACGUGCAUUGGCUAGCUUCAGUACCAGCAGACAGCAGAGUGAUCCCCGGGCACCCUCGAAUCAUCUCUUCCACUUGAGCGCAUACUUAGACGUGGCGGAAGAGUCUGCAUUGAUCACAGAUCUCUACUUGGGUGGUGGGAUCAAUCAACUGACAGCGUUGAUUCGUCUGCUGGUGCUGAAAGGACACUCUCUCCAAGACCGCUGGCAUGGCCUUACCGCCCCUUUCAUGUCAUUCGUGCUGAUGGAGUAUGCGCCCUUUCUAGCGUUGGCCUUCGCCGACGUCCUGGACGCAGAGAACCAGAGGCCAGACAUUGCCGCUUUGCGUGUCCGAGCCAAGGCUGCCAUGGUGAAUUGGUCGCCUUCACGACGCCUCACCAGCCUAACAGGCGAGACCUUGGAGCAGACGCUGGCGGAUGCCGUGAGCGCAAGUCAAGACAUCUCUCUGCCACCUGAGCAUAUGCCGGUUGAUUCGACGCUGCCUCCGAAACGCAAGAAGAAGAAGAAGGCCGGCGCUGCGAAAGACUCAGCAGCUCCAGGUCCAUCUCACCCUCCGCCACCGGUGGAUGUGCAGGUGCUUCCGAGCUGUUCAGACGAUGUGCCCCCAGAGUCUCAGGAGGCAGAGUUCGACAACGACAACAUUGACAGGCUAUUUCCUGAGCAGGACUUGAACGACGACUUUGAUGAUGAUGACGAUGAGAUCAUCGAGGAUCCAGCCCCACUCGGUCCUCACCGAGUUUGGUCAUUCCUGACAGGUGACGAGGUGCAGACAUGGGCCAUGGCGGGUCGAAGACAGGCGCAGGUUUUCUCCAAAGAAUCUCUGAGAGCUGGGGACGACGUUCCACCGUCCUGGAGUUUCUUACAGGACCCUGCUGACCUUCAGCACCUUGAUUUCCUGACGAAGCAUGACCUUGCGUCACUUUGGGAGCACACGGAAAGUCAAGGUCGUCGCCUCGGCUGA